UUUAGUCCAUAUCAGGAAGAGAGAGAGAGAGAGAGAGAGAGAGAGAGAGAGAGAGAGAGUUUGUGUGUGUGAGUGAGAGAGAGAGAGAGAGAGCAGCAGGAUAUAAAGGACUCAUGUUUGGAUUGUUGAUUUCAACAACUGCAGUAAAUAAAGUUUCAGCUACACAGGAUCUACAGGAUCUACAGGCGAGAAAGGAUGUUUUUUAUUUGUCUGCUGAUUCUAGCGAACAUAACCACUGUGAUAUCUCUCCCAGGGGUUGGUAAUCUGAGCUGCACCAACGACUAUGACAAACAUGUGUUUUGUGCGUUUGAAGCGCAGAACUGCUCCGAAUAUACUGUGACUGUCGAACGCAUAGGCUUUGAKGAAGUUCGAGAACACGUUUGCAUUCCCAAGCAGUGUGAAUCCCACAGUGCACAGUGUUGUUGCUCUGUUGAAAUGAUGAUGAUUCCCGGGGCGGAUCAAAACGUAACGGUUUGGAGAGGAGACAGUGGAGUGGAGUCCAAAAUCUUCAAUACCCAAACAAGCCUUAAGCCCAGAACCCCAACAAUCAUAUCAGUGAGCGAAAGCAACACAAGUUUUCAAGUCAAGUGGAAAACCAACAUGAUGGACUUUAUCAGCCAAACAUUGAAUGCUGUUGUGAUMUACCYUYAAAAAGGAGAAACAGAAAAGGUCACAGAGUUGUUCACACCAACAACCAUUGGCGACCUGAGUAGCUAUACAAUACRCGGUAAAGAUUUAAAGCCAAGCACGACAUAUCUGGUCAGUGUGAAGAGCUACACUGAUCGCAGUGGCCUGUUCAGCGACAGAAGCYAUGAGUUUGAAUUCACAACUCCUGCUGCCCCCCAUAAUACCAAUACCCUGCUCUUGGCUCUUGUCCUCAGCCUCAGUACUGCUGCAGUCCUCAUCGCCACUGCCGCAUUUGGCUGUUUUGUAAAGGUGAGGAGGACGUGGGACAACUUUCCAACUCCAAAACUUCUUAUACAUCCAUAUGCAGAAGAGCUCUUGAAGCCCCAGGCGCCCAUCAACUCCUCUGUCAGUGUUGAGCCCCUUAUUCCAGAUGACAGCAAAUCAUGGUCGAAGAGGUCACUGACAGACUCUAGCAGCGGGAAAUUACAGCAAAGCAGUGGAAUCGGCAGUGGCUCCUCCUGUCUCAGUUAUGCUAACACAGAAGCGCCUGACAUUCUGGCCAGUGUUCAUGAUGCCCUCAGUAAAGCCUUCCCCAGUAUUAGCCCAGUAUCACCUUCAAUCUCCAAUCUGCUCAAUGAAUCCAACCAAGCCAGUGGUUUGAUCUCCGUUCCCUGCUCUCCCUGUGAAGAGAAAGCUGUGGAGGUGAAUUCUGGAUCAUCAGACUUCUUCAAUGAAAGCUAUUCACUUUUCAUUUCUAGCCAGCCAAAUCAAAUUAGGAUAGACUCUGCGUACCAUCCUGUUGAGGGCAACAUGGUGACCUGCCUGGACCAACGAGCACCAGCUUGUCCGCUUCUUAAUUUAUCUUUAUUGGGUUCGCAUCUAAUGCCUACAGAAAUGUCGUAUCAGCAGUGCAAUGCAUAUUCAGGGAAAUUAUCAUAUGAAGAAGACUCCAGUUUGUUCUCAACCUCUAGUGGCACAGACACAACCGCCUCCUGUGAUCCUGCACCCAGAGUUGAGGCUGGGUAUGAGACCCAUUACGAGGGGGCUAGUGGGAUGACGAAGCCAAAUGAAGAAAGGGAGGGGGCCACCAUAUGUGAUGACAAUACCAGCCAAGUGCCUGCUGUCUCACACAGCUGUCCUCCAGUGGGUGAUGCCUACCAGCCAUUUCUAACUGUAGUGGGGUAG